GACGUUGAGCAGUGGGAGAGUGAAAGAGUAUCAGUCAAAGAAAGAUCCAAAAGGCUGAAAGACAGGGAGAGAGAGCGAAAGAUUGUCUGAGAGAGCCUCUAUGCGCUGUCCCACCCCCUGACUGGUCUUCGCCUCCCCUACAGUCCUGAGAAGCCAGCCCCGAACAGAGAGAGAGAGAAAGAAAAAAGAAAGGAGAAGAGAGAAAAAGAGAGGGGACACACACUAGCUCAGGACUCUGGAAUUCGAAACCUUUGGAGCAACACACACACACACACACAUACACACUCAGGCACGGUCUCUGUGGUGAUUUGGAUCGUUCACAGCGGGAAUAACUCUGAGAGAUCAAGAGAGAGAGAGAGAGAGAGAGAGUGUGUGAGAGAGAGAGAGCGAGAUUCUUUCUACAUUUCUUUACUCUGGACUCUACUGCUACACCAUGGCACCUGUCACAGACAGAGAAUCACGGACCUAGGAGCGCCACAUUGCCAGGAACACACAGAUAGCAAGACAGUACAAAGGCUGCAGGAGAGCAUCCACCCCCUCUACCACGUGGAAAAAGGCAGAGGUGAAGGAGAGGAGAUGUAGAUGGCUUUACAGUAGGAGGUUCCAGUGCCACUGUGAGAAGCUUCUUCAGUCCCGUUGGAGCUGAGAGGUGUGCAGUACGACAGACGCAGAACGGGGGAACGCCACACAACGCCCCGAAGGCUGACAUCCGUUUUGGAGAGGAGAGCGACGACAACUAGCCGUCCGUUGCUACGACAACAACCAGACCCAUUUCAACCCGAGGCGUGCCAGGCUAGUGCCAACCCCAGGACACCAUGAUGAUGGCAGUGACGAUGAUGACGACGUGGGGCUCCCUGCUCCUCGUGGCCUCCCAGGUCUCAUCCAGCGGAAUCCCCAAGACCAGCGCCUCCUCUUCACCCUCCUUCUCCUCACACCCAUCCUCCUCUUCCUCAUCCUCCCCUCGCAUGAAGCUCUCCUACAAAGAGCUGCAGCAGUUCCACGGCGUGCGCCAGUUCGAGCUGGAGCGUUCGUGCUGUUUCAGCGCCCUGUUGCUGGACGAGGAGAGGGGACGGCUCUUCGUGGGCUCACGCAACUUCCUGCUGUCACUCAGCCUGGAUAACAUUGCCAAGCAGGAGCACAAGAUCUACUGGCCGGCCCCUGUGGACUGGAGGGAGGAGUGUAACUGGGCAGGAAAGGACAUCAACACAGACUGUGUGAACUACGUGAAGAUGGUCCACCACUACAACCGCACUCACCUGUACACCUGUGGAACCGGAGCCUUCCAUCCCACCUGCGCCUUCGUAGAGGUGGGACAGAAGAUGGAGGACCACGUGUUCAGGAUCGACCCGUCCAAAAUGGAGGAUGGGAAAGGGAAGAGUCCAUAUGACCCCCGUCACCCUGCAGCCUCGGUGCUGAUAGGUGACGAGCUGUAUGCGGGCGUGGCCACUGACCUCAUGGGUAGAGACUUCACCAUCUUCCGCAGUCUGGGGGGACGACCCUCCAUUCGCACCGAACAACACGACUCACGAUGGCUCAACGAGCCUAAGUUUGUGGGUUCGUUCUGGGUGCCGGAGAGUGAGAACCCAGAUGAUGAUAAGAUCUUCUUCUUCUUCCGGGAGACGGCGGUGGAGGCUCAGGGCCUGGGGAAGUCCACCUACUCCCGUAUCGGACAGCUCUGCAGGAAUGAUAUGGGUGGCCAGCGUAGUCUGGUCAACAAGUGGACCACGUUCUUGAAGACUCGUCUCAUCUGUUCUGUGCCGGGCAGUGACGGCAGUGACACGUACUUUGACGAGCUCAGGGAUGUGUUCCUGCUGCAGACCAAGGAUAGGAAGAACCCUCUGGUCUACACUGUCUUCUCUACCUCCAGCAGUGUAUUCAAGGGAUCAGCCGUGUGUAUCUACACCAUGAAUGACAUCCGCAGGGCCUUCUUGGGGCCCUUCGCCCACAAAGAGGGUCCAAACUACCAGUGGGUCCCCUUCCAGGGCAAAGUCCCCUACCCACGCCCUGGCAUGUGCCCCAGCAAGACAUUCGGCAGCUUCGAGUCCACCAAGGGUUUCCCUGACGACGUGAUCCAGUUUGCCCGUCACCACCCUCUCAUGUUUAACCCCGUGUACCCCCUGAACCGCCGGCCCGUCUUCCUGAGGACCAACGUAGACUACAGCUUCACCCAGAUCGCUGUGGACCGGGUGGGCGCCGCAGACGGGCAUUAUGAUGUCAUGUUCAUUGGCACAGACAAAGGGACGGUGCUGAAAGUGAUCUCUGUACCGAAAGAGAGCUGGAACAACAUGGAGGACCUGCUACUGGAGGAGCUAGAGGUGUUCAAGGAUGCCUCAUCCGUCAUCAACAUGCAGAUAUCCUCAAAACGGCAACAGCUGUAUGUGGGCUCAGACACGGGUCUGGCCCAGGUUCCUCUGCAUCGCUGCAGUAUCUAUGGGAAGGCCUGUGCUGAGUGCUGCCUGGCCAGAGACCCCUACUGCGCCUGGGACGGCACCUCCUGCACCCGCUACCUACCCAACACCAAACGGCGUUUCCGUCGUCAGGACGUGAGGAAUGGAGACCCCAACACCCUGUGUUCAGGAGACCACCACAAGCACCGGGUGGCAGAGAGGAGGCUGUUCGGGGUGGAAGGGAGCAGCACCUUCCUGGAGUGUAUCCCCAAAUCCCUGCAGGCCAGAGUGACCUGGACCUUCCAGAAACAACCCCACAACGCCAAGGAAGAGCCGCGCCUGGAUGACCGUGUGCUGCAGACAGAGCGGGGGCUGUUGGUGAGGAGGGUACUGAAGCGGGACGUGGGCCUCUACCAGUGCCACGCCAUGGAGCACGGCUUCACCCAGACCCUACUGGGCAUCACCCUGGAGGUAGUACCCUCCUCCUCCUCUUCCUCCCCGGCCGCCGACCCUCUCCUUCGAUUGGACCCCCGCAGCGGAGGCGGCGGCCCACCUUCCACCAAUCAGAAGCUGUGGUACCGGGACUUCAUGCAGCUUGUGGACCACCCGAACCUCAGCACCGUGGAUCAGAUCUGUGAGCAGGUGUGGGCGCGCAAGAGCGCCCAAUCGGACAAGAGCUUCCCGUCUUCUCCCGACAAACAGGCCCCGCCCAUCGGUCCUGUGGUCCGGCCCCCUAACAAGAAGUGGAAGCAUCUGCAGGACAUCCGCAAGGGGAGGAACCGCCGAACCCACGACGGGAAACCCUCCCCACGAGCACCACGCAGCGCAGGGGAGUGACAACAGAGAGAGAGGAGAGAAAGAAGGAGAGAGACUGAGGGUGGCGAGAGAGGGAAGAGAGGGAAGAGAAGGAAGAGGAAAAGAGAGAGACAGAGACUGAUAGAGACCAAGGACUUCUGGAGGGUGUCAACACAUACACAGCACCUCCUUCUUUGUGAAUAUUUAUCUUCCGACACCCCACUAGCUACUGCCCCAUGAUGCUUCACUCUGCCCUGACCCCUGACCCCCGAUUAGCUUGUACCGCCCCUUAUUAUUCCCCCUAUCUUAAUUCUCUGUCCCAGCUCUCAAUCCCUUUGGGUGUACUCUCCUGGAGAACUUCUGAUGGAGACCUCACCUCUACAGAAUAGACUGAACAGAGUCCCCAAGUUAAAAGAUGGCUCAGUGUAUGUCACUCAAUCCUCUCAACUGGAAUUACAACUGGCUCGUAACCGGAAUAUCCGAAUGGAAAAAGACACACAUACACACCACAGGAGGUUGGUGGCACCUUAAUUAGGGAGGACGGGCUCGUGGUAAUGACUGGAGUGGAAUCAGUGGAACGGUAUCAAACACAUGGUUUCCAAUUGUUUGACGCCAUUUCAUUUGCUCCGUUUCCGGCCGUGUUUAUGAGCCGUCCUCCCCUCAGCAGCCUCCUGUGAUACACGUUUACAACCCGAGAUGACAGUACCUUUGAUGACACGGACUACAAAUUGUGAGAUGGGACAAAAACAAUGGGCUCCGCAGACCUCCAAACGCACAUUGAUCAACUUAGGUACAAUCACAUUUCACGUGUUUUGCAAAGAGAGCAUCACGUGGAUGUGUGCUUUGUGACAGAUACAGUCUUUGAUAUUCUUUUUUUUUGGUCCAAACCACUACAGAUAGGAGAAAGCACUACUGUCAUUCCAGGGUAUAGAGAGAGCUGUUACAAUGAGGUGAGAUUCUGAAGCAGAGAGAGCGAGAGAGAGUGUACAGGAUCAACACAAUGGUUCCAUUGUGAUUCUAUUUUACAAAAUGGCUGACAAGGUAGAGGAAGUGGGCGAUGUUCUACCUGUAUGUUUAUGGGGUGACAAGAAAAAUGUUUUGUGUUUUAUUUAGUCAUUUAUUUAAAUGAUCUGUGUGUAUUUUCUGACUCGGAUGACUUGUGUUGUGUGCUGACACAUUUACAUGGGGGGAGAUGGUUGAGAUGGUUCAAGUGACAGGCUGCACAACAUCAAUGAUGACUUGGCCAAACAAUAGUGGGCUUUGAAUACGACGUCCCAACUUUGGGCAAAAAGCAUGAUAUUUAUAUGUAAAAAGAAAACAUCUCAAUUUUUUUUUUAUUCCAAAUGGUACAUACAUGGUUCUUUUAGGCUUAUACUGUUUGCCUAGGUAAAUGAUCAGUAGCUGUGUGUGUGCGUGCGUGCGUGCGUGCGUAAAUAAACGUCCCUCCCUCCUG